ACAUCUUGGGAGUCAGCGAACUGGAAGAUAUCAAACUGACUUCGAGCAAUAAGCGAUCAUAAGACGUAGCCUAACUUUACGCACAGGGAAACAACUUCAGCAUCCAAAAUGAAUGUCUCGCAAUUGAUGGUCUGUGGACUAUUAAUGGCCCUGUUUUCAUUCAGCACAGAAGAAAAGUCAUUAAUCCCUGCGCAAGAAAAGGCCCUUAGAAAUAUGCUAGGAGAAGAGCUUUCCGAAUACCUGGCCUCUGGGGAGCGAGAGAGGAGUCUAGAGAGCGCGAGAUCGCGUCUGUUGCGGGACCUGCAGGUGAACACUCGAGCCAGGGGCAUGUGGUCCCGCAUCAUGAACGACCAGCCUGCUUCUCGGAAACAGAAGACGGGAGUCAAGAAAGGAGCGUCCACACCAGUCCGCGGUGGCUGCUUCGGACACAAACUGGACAGGAUUAGCACCCUAAGUGGGAUGGGCUGUUAGGAACACACCAGCACAACAGAUCAUAUGAAGAUGAAAGGACAACUUUGCUUUUAUUGGUCUACAUCUGAAGAAGAAUGGCAUCUUUAUUCAAGAAACAUGUUUUUAGGAAAAUCAUCAUCAGCAUUAUGGAGGCCUAAAGCAGAGACAAACACAUACAUAAAGUGAAACCAUUACAAGCCAGACGGCAGAGUGUAGGAACUACAGCGACAAAGCUGGAUUGUCUCUGCUGUACAUUAAUAACACCUGCAUAUGUGUGCUGUAUUUAUGUUAUAAAAACUAUUUAUAUGUUUAUAAAGGAUAUAUUUAUAAAUAUUACUUUAAUUUAUGUAACAUUUUGAAAAGGAUGCAACCUGCAAGUCAAUUAUGUUUGUGUCUUUUUAUCUUAGAUGGCUGUAAAUGUUUGAAAAAUAUUCAAAAGAGAGAAAAAGAAACAUAUGUAUGAUUGAGUCUCUAAGUAGGAUAGAUAUAUUGAUUGGAUUUCAGUCUAUCCUCAGAGUAAUUUGACUUCAUUUAUUAUGACCCAUUAUGUCUUAUGUCUACUGGAGCCAUACUGGCUCUCCAGCACACUAUCCUUAUAUUUCAUCAUAAUAUACAUUAACAAUCAACUUUGUGUUUAGAUUGAAUCCCAAACAUAGUUACACUAACAUAUAUAACAUUUUGCUUGAAAUGUAUGCUUAUUCCUUUGCUAUACUGUUGGAUGUGAAUUUGUGCAAUUUCUGCUUGACAUACUUGUAAACAGGACAGUAUGAGUUUUUGCCAGUCACUUUGAGAAGUGUUGAGGCAUGAAUAAACAUACAUGAACAAAUAAUAUUAAUAGUUAUAACUACGGUAAAAAUUAAAGAAAUUGAUUUUGGUCAUUUAA